AUGCUACUUGUUAAACCAUUUAGAUGGACAACAGCAGGGGUGAAAGCUUUCGAAGAUAUAAAGAACAUUUUAGUUUCGCCACAGGUGUUGAUGCCGUAUGAUCCAGAACGACCGCUAAUCCUUGCCACUGAUGCCAGCAAAACUGGAUUAGGCGCAGUGCUAUCACAUAGGUUGAGCAAUGGACAGGAGCGACCGAUUGCGUACGCGAGCAGAACCAUAAGUCUGACCGAACAGCGCUAUCCACAAAUUGAUAAAGAGGCACUUGCAAUAGUAUGGGCUGUCCAAAAAUUUUUUCAUUAUGUCUAUGCCCGACAUUUCACAAUCAUUACGGACCAUAAGCCUCUGACGCAGAUUCUCCAUCCAGAGAAGUCACUACCUACUCUCUGUAUCAGCCGAAUGGCUAACUACGCAGAUUACUUAGCACACUUUGACUUCGAUGUCACGUUCAAGCCAACAGGGGAAAACACCAACGCCGAUUAUUGUUCGAGAAUAGCAGUACCGACACUUACGACGAAGAAAAUCUCUGUUAAGGAAAGAGAGGAAGUUGAGUACGAUGGGUUUGACCAUUUCAUUCUACACCAGAUUAAGCAGCUACCAGUAAAUGCGGAAAGAAUUGCACGCGAGUCGCAAACGGAUCCACAUCUAGGAAAGAUUAUUCAAUGCCUUAAAUCAGGCCAAGACUUACAACGUUGUGGAUAUAAAGCACCAGAAGCAAACUACAAACUAGGAAGCAACUGCUUAGUAUUUGAGCAUAGAGUGGUUAUUCCUGCAGUUCUAAGAGAAGAAAUACUUAACGAAUUACAUACAGCACAUUUAGGAAUAGUGAAAAUGAAGGGGUUAGCAAGAUCAUUUGUUUACUGGCCAGGCAUCGACGCAGCGAUUGAAAAAAUAGCCAAGACAUGCGCCGAUUGUUCGAGAAAUGCGCAUGACCCACCGAAGUAUCGUAGUCACCAUUGGGAUUAUCCGAAAGGUCCUUGGGAGCGGAUACAUAUUGACUACGCAGGACCAGUUUCAGGAAAAAUGCUCUUAAUCAUCGUUGAUGCGUACAGUAAAUGGCUCGAGGUUAGAAGUACGAGUUCGACAACUACAACAGCAACAAUUGCCAUUCUAGAAGAAUUGUUUGCAGCAUACGGAGCCCCAAUCACCGUCGUAUCAGACAACGGAACGCAAUUUACAUCAAUGGACUUCAAGUUGUUCUUACAGAAGAGUGGUGUGAAGUUUCACAAACUGACAGCACCGUACCAUCCGGCAACCAAUGGGCAAGCGGAGCGGUAUGUGCAAACGGUAAAGGACGCACUGAGAACAAUGGUAACGACGCCAGGAUCUUUGCAACACAAUCUCAACAUAUUCUUGAGCCAGUACAGAAAAGCACCACAUGCUACAACAGAACAAUCGCCAGCACAACUAUUCUUAGGACGAGGAAUCCGAACAAGACUUGACUUAGUCCGACCAGAAGAAAUAAAUGUAAAGAUUACGCAGAAACAACAGAAUGAAAGCAAUCCGCGUAUGGACAAAUGGUUACCAGGAACAAUUGUUACACGCUUAGGAGAUCUACACUAUGAAAUCGAUUACAAUGGAAAACGAUUCAAACGACACGUAGAUCAGAUACGAGCACGCGAGACGAAGGAAGAUCUAGAGCAGGAAAAGUUACAGGAACAGGUUAAGGAUUCCAAGCAUUCUAGAAGAAUUCAUUUCUACGAAGAGACAGAUGCUUCAAAGAACUCAUCACUACCAAAUGAGUUAGAGGACUCAUCAAGCGAUAGUUCAGAUUCAUCAUACAUCACGGUUUCAUCCGAAUCCUUAUCCCCUCCACCCAGUCCAAUUCGUGAAAGGAGUACUCCGUCAGUACCUCAAACACUACGGAGGUCUUCCCGC